CAUCGCUCGGACACGCUAGCUUUGUAUUCGUAAUGGGCGUUGUACAUCUGGUAAAUUGACUACCCAAGGGGAUUUGCAUACCACAUGUGGGAUUGUUACUGGUGUCAGUGCAUUGAGACAGUGGCUCGCGGUGUUACUGGGAUGGAGAUAUAUGCUAACACUACCAGUUGAUAGGAUUGUUCUGCACUAUAAGACCAGACGUAGAACUGAUGUUCUAGCCAAGACACCAUGACUGGGAAAGUCUAUUUCGACGUAGGCGGCACGCGAUUUACGACCACGUGGGACACACUGCAAAAGAUCCCGGGUUCGAAACUCGAUAAAUUGUAUGAACGUCAUGAGAAACAGACGAAAUCAUCUGGAAAGGUAGAAUAUUUUUUUGACAGAAAUCCGGCGGUGUUUGGGUGCGUUCUAGACUAUCACCGUACAGGAGAUUUGCAUCUUCCGGAUAAUGUCUGCGCAAGUCAAAUCCGCCAAGAAUUGGAAUUCUGGGAUAUCUCUCCUUAUGAUGUAUCUAGUUGUUGCUGGAAGAUCUUGUACGGCGAGGAUGGACUCAGUAAAACACUGAAAAUUCUUGAUAAGGAGAUCCCUGUGUUCAGCACAGGGAAGAAAUUUAUUCAGAAAACGGAAGGACUUUCUUCAUGGAUUCGGGAUUUAAUGGAAUAUCCGUCAUCUUCCAUGUUGGCAAAGGUGUACGCAGUGUUCUACCUAACAAUGGUCGUGUUCUCCGUCAUCUGUGACGCCCUGAUCAGAUCACAAGAUUAUAAUACACCACAACAAAACGUCAGCAUUUCCGGUUCCAGUUCAGCCAAUCACCUAAUGCCCUCCCUGUCCAACAUCCCGUGCGCUGGUCUCGUGAUAGAAAUCCUGACAAAUAUUGUGUUCACUGUUGAUGUAGCUGUACGGUUCGCGGUGUCCCUAUCGAAGAUUAAUUUUCUAAAGAGUUUAAUCAACAUUAUGGACAUGCUGGCCCUGAUAGGCUUUUGGGUUCUCGUAUUUACGGCAAUUUUCUCGCCGUUUAUUACUCCCGGAAGUGAAAUAAAUGCCCUCAUGGUGGGCAAUAUCUUGAUGACCUUGAGGUUUGUGAGACUUUACCGACUGGCUAAAGUCAAUAGAGGGCUUAUGUUGGUACUUUUAGCCUUAGACAACAGCAAAACGACAAUUUUAUUGCUGUUUGCUAUCAUGAUUAUCAAUUCGUGCAUAUUUGGAGGAAUUAUCUACUGCCUGGAAGACAUCAAUUUCACAAAUGUGUUCCGAGCCUUCUACUGGGCCAUCAUCACAAUGACGACGGUUGGUUAUGGCGAUAUUUACCCCAGCAGUGUAGCGGGACGCGUCAUUGCUUGUGUGUGCGCCAUGACAGGACUGUUCUUGAUUGCCAUGCCAAUUGGAAUAAUUUCUAAAAACUAUACUUAUUUAUAUACCAGAUUGAACCAUAGGGAACACCACUGUGAAGAAAAACGCAAAUGCAAGAAAUCAAUCAAAUUCAACACUUUGACAAAUGGCGACAUAAGUUCAUUGAGUUAAAUCAACCUCGAAAACACAACUCUGUAAAGAAAAUGCUGUAUCACGGAAUUUGGAAAAGCAAAUAUUGAUGUACGAAAUGCCAGGAUAUUUUUUUCUUUCGUGACCGACUGGAUCGUUACCCAAGAACAAUGUCUAUCCAGGGUUGUUGUUUCUGCACUUUUGUGAGUGUUAGGAACAAAAUCUGAGUAGAGGAUAACCGAAGAAGUGAUUGGAGAUCUUGAAUUAGACGUAUAGUUUGUCGCGCAUGUGUAGUGAAUAUUAUCAAGUGUUUUAUAGAUAUGGAUCAUCCAAGCACCUUAUGGAUUAUAUCUUUCAUUUUCACUGAUGAAAUUAUAUUUACAGAAAUAUGAGGUACAUAGAAAAACCUACAUGCUACAUAUGUAAUAAUAAUGUUAUUGUCAAGUUUGGGCACUGAACCGAAGAAACCACUUAUUGUUUUACUAAAUCCACAAUCAUGUAAUGUAUAUAAAAAUACUUAUAAACAAGACUGUGGAAAAAUCAUAUAAGCAGCUUUUUUCUUUCUCUGUGUAUCUAAAUGAAACCAAGAGACUGUUGUAGGAAAUUAAUUUAAUGCAACUUUUAAUGAUUGUAUUUUAAAGGUCGGAAAGAUAAAUGUUUGUGAUCAGAUGUCACACAAUCUACAAGGUGUAUAUAUUUACUAUGAAUUUGCUGUCCACUGGUUGGCCUUUUUUUUAUCGGACGUUGUUAUGCCAAAUGAUUGAGUCACAGGGCUUCUUACAAAAUUAACUCGCCAUGUGAAACCUCUAACAAUGAAAUACUGUAAACAUACUUAUUUUAUCGAGCUCAAAUUUUAGCGUUAAAGCUAAUUAAAACGGUUUAGCGGAAUGAUAAAUUACCUUACCGCACAGGCAAUACUUACCAUUUAAAAACAUUGUAGAUAAACUAUCAAUACAAAUUUAGUGAAAUUCUUCCAACCCGAAAACCGCAUAAAUAAGAUCACCACUUAAAUAUGUAUGUUUACAAUAAACUGUUAUGUAUAUAUUUUUGUCUUUGCUCUGUGAUAGCUUACUAACAUCAUCCUAGGCCCCAGGUGAAAAUUAUUAUUGACCAGGGGCCGAGGAUGAAUAACAUGUGCCCUUAAAUUGUCGUGGUAUUAUAUAUAAAAGUUUAUUAUGGUUGAAAUCGUUAUCAUCUCGCGAUGUAUUAUUUGCAUAUUGAAGUAUGUAUGUUAAUAAAGUAAUUAUAUUUGCAGUA